CGACAUGUCGGCGAUGUCUGAUUUGGCGCCCGACCAGAUCAAGGACCUCUCGCCCUACGGCUAUGUGCCUACGGAAUGGGCGAGUAUCUUCUUCCUCGUCCUCUUUGGCGUAACCACGUUUGCCCACCUUGGUCAAGCUAUCGUAUACCGCGGUUGGUGGCUUUUCGUUACCCUAGUGUUUUGUGGGUCGAUGGAGUGCGUCGGGUGGGCAUGUCGUCUAUGGAGCAAUCGCGAUAUCUUGGCGGACAACGCGUACAAGAUCCAGUGCGUAUACGUCAUGCUUAUCGUCGCACCUACGCCCUUGCUGGCCGCCAACUUCGUCAUGAUGGGCCGCAUCGUGCGCCGUCUGGGUAUCAGGUAUAGUCGCUUGAGUCCGCGUUCAUAUACGAUUGUCUUCGCCUCUACGGACGUUAUUUCACUCCUUGUUCAAGGUGGUGGUGGCGGCGUAGCCGUAGGAGCCGAUACCCUCGAGGGCGCAGAGCGGGGAGGCAAUAUCGUCCUCGGCGGCAUCUGCCUUCAGCUCGCCGUUAUCGUCUUCUUCUCUAUCAUCGCCUCCGAGUUCUUUUGGCGCUACUUUAAGGACCGCCCGCGCCCGAAGCUCGCGUUCAUUCAUCCGGAGCCGCGCGGUGUCCUCACAAGGAAUUUGAUCCUAGCAGUCGGAUGCCUUGGCUCGUCAACACUGUUACUUCUGAUUCGUGCGGUGUAUCGUGUCAUUGAGCUCGCGGAUGGGUGGAAUGGGACGAUCAUCAAGACGGAGGCAUGGUUCUUGAUCUUCGAUGCAGCAAUGGUCGUCAUUGCUAUGUUCAUCGUGAAUGUUCUGCACCCUGGGUGGCUGCUAGACGAGUCGGACCUGAUCUCUCAGCGCGAGGCGCAUGAGCUAAAGGGUGCGACUUGAUCAUUGUACGACAACGAUCCUGAUUGCAGUGGAC